AUGGCAGAAACCGCCAGCGCGAAUGUCAUGAUCCGUGGCAGCCGCGACGAUAAGCCCAGCAAAUGCGCCACAUUGGAGCUCUUUGUAAAAGAUCCAAUCAAUUGCAAGAACGAACAAGGGAGCAAAAUGGUUCAGAUUCCCUGCUGGAGCGGACCUGGAUCUCCUUGCAUCAAUGAUAAAAGUUUCCCCGGAAUUUCUGUCAAGGAUGUCUAUUGUGAUGACAAUGGAUACCAUGAGACGGGAUUUCAAGGGACUGAAACUUGCGAUGAAACCAAGGGACGGAAGUUCAAUGUGGAUUUUCUUAAGGAUCAAUGCAACCUUGGGAUGUUGUUCAUUUCCUGCGUUCCAGGAGACUGCCAGCCCGAGGGAGACGCUGUCAUUGUUGAUGGGCUGUGGAGUGUUGUGGUGGAGGAGGAAAUGGAGAAGGGAACGGCUUUGGAAGUUUAG